AUGCAGAAGUGUAACGACGAUAAUAUACCUUUAGCAGACGACGACCCACAAGUGAUAAUUAACGAUGAAAUAGAAAACAACCAUUUAGAUCAUGGUCGUUCAAUGGACUCAUUGCCGAGUUCCUACACUGGUGGUUCCUCAAGCCCUGGCCUUAAUGGGCCACCUAGUUUCGAGCCAGAUUCCGGAAUUGAUGAACAGGAAGAAAAGGCCCGUCUUAUAUCACAAGUGUUGGAAUUGCAGAAUACGCUAGAUGAUCUGUCACAGAGGGUGGAUUCAGUAAAAGAAGAAAAUUUAAAACUUCGCUCAGAGAACCAAGUCUUAGGACAGUACAUUGAGAACUUAAUGUCGGCUUCAUCAGUUUUCCAAUCCACCACACCUAAUAUUGGCAAGAAGUAA